GAGAGAGAGAGUCAGUGUGUGUGUUAGAGAGAGAGAGAGAGAAAGAGAGAGAGAGAGAGAGAGAGAGAGAGAGAGAGAAUGAAUUUGUGAAGCGCAUUAACUCGGAUCAGGAUCAGAUGGAGGAGCGAGUCUCAGCGCAGCUCCUUCAGACCCUCCACAUUUCCGGCGCCACUCCGUGACCGCGCUCCAGCGCAACUCCACUCAGCGCGAGCGGUAAGAGAUCUGCUUUUAAUUCCUUCAAAGUUCCCAUCUGACGCAAACCCAUCCAUCCACAGCUCUGUCUUCAGCUGGAACCUGCGGCUGAACACCGCGUCCCUGUUGCGUUCCUCAGCGGUAAGUUUGAGCGGCGCGUCUGCGGGAACAACGCGUCGGAAACGGCGCUGAACGUGGAGCUGAAACUGUCCUGAAGCCGCGCGCAGAGAAGACAACAGCCCAGGCUCUCCUCACUGCAGUUGCUCGCAGUUUGCUCUGGCGUACUAAGCCAGGCCUUUCUGGUAUGCGAUGAUCGGAUUAACACUGUCAGAGUGUUGCUUUUUGGAGACACAGCAGUAGCACCUCACACAUUUUACCUUGUCUUCAGGACUCAAUCUGGACCGUUGGAAUCAGAGAUCAUCAGUAUUGUGUGUGGAUAUAUUUUAGUAGCCCAUGAUUGCAUUUCUAGGCGUGGUUGUUUCAUAACCUUAGACCUUGACCUGGCAAACAAGGACCUGGUAACUUGUUUAUGGGCCUACUGAAGCCUUUUUUGUUAAUGACAAUCAAGGAUCCCAUUGGGGUUGACUGACGCACCUUUCACAUUCUUUUGUGCUUUUGAUCUUCUCCGGACCCUUCUCACAUGGACCCUUCCAUGGCAGCGAGACGGUGCUGUGUGAUUUUCCACUAACCCGUUCAUCGGUAGAGUGUUUAAGCGGGAACGGGGUGGGAGGAGGAUGCAGGCCGGGCUGCGGGUGCUGUGCACCGGUGGAGGCGCUUCUCUCUGCUGCCUGCUCCUGCUGGGGCUCAUCUACACACACCUCCUUAAAGAGGGUCAGUUGGCGGUGGGCACGUGUGAGAUUGUGAUGUUAAACAGAGACAGCAGUCAGCCCAAGCGCACCAUCGCCAGACAGACGGCCCGCUGUGCCUGUCGGAGAGGCCAGAUCGCAGGCACCACCCGGGCACGACCAGCAUGUGUGGACGCACGGAUAGUGAAAAGCAGGCAGUGGUGUGAGAUGACCCCGUGCUCAGAGGGAGAAAUCUGCGGCCUGCUGUUCAAUCACUCUGGCUGGACCUGCACCAAGGGAGGCGGACGAAUAAAAACCGUCACGCCACUGCCCAAGGAGCCAUCUUAAAGGAUAUCAGCUCAGAGGAGGUCUAUUGACAUUCACGUGAACAUUGCAGACCAGAAGACAUUCAUCAGACCAGCACAUCUUGUCCAUCCUCGCACCCCGGAGCUAAAACAAGACCCCCCACCACCACCACCAACAACAACAAUAACCACCACCAACAACCACCCACCAGUCUCUUCCACCUCCUCGAUUCUUACAGGAGCCUGACUCUUUGGACAUGAACAGUCAAGCACCUCCAGGAGGACAUUCAGUGUUCUCCUUGCCAGUUUAUGAUGAGAUCAUUGUAAAACCCAUCCAUCUGAGAUUCGGCAAAAGAAGCACAUUGCUUCAUGUAUCUGAACAUGCAGAACAAGCGUGUAGGAGUAUAAUACAGUCCUGUUUGGGAUGUUGGAUGCUUCACCGACCGCUCUUGAUGACUAACUUCAGACUCUUUCUCCACCCCAGAGACGAUCCUGUCUUAAAGACGGGAAGUGUUUUGUGUUUUGGACAUCAAGUGUAUCUCGUAAAGUAAACCACAAGAAUGAAAUAGGAUGAAAUAUCAUCAAGCAGCUGAGGCGACUCAUUCCUUCGCCGUGUAGACUUCUUGACCUCUUUCCCCUGUUAAUGAAAACAGGAAGUCUUUGAUCGUGUUGAUCUUACUGUCUGGUAUUUUCAAGUGUAAAAGACUUUCCAGCUGCAUCCUGCUUUCUUGCGUCCCUUCACUCUUUGCUUUCAAGGGUCUGUCUACAUAGGAUCGGGUAUAUUCUUUUGACGAACGCGCCAUUUUGCCUGUGUGGCAACCUGCAAUGACACGUGAGAUGAAUCCUUUGAGCUAGCUAGGAUAAUAAAGGAUGUGUAUGUGUGCAUGCGUGCAUCGCAGGGCCACGUGUGCCGACGGGGGUCAGAUCGCAUAAGUGUUCUGUUGUUUGAACAUCCAUCAUGUAGAUUUCUAUGCUUCCAGUGUCCAAGGAGCGAGAAACAUGUUUGCCUCUUAUUUCUCUUAGCUUAUUGUUCAUUUUGGUGGCCUGGAAAAAUGAAAAGCCACACCAGAGAGUGUUUAUGUUUAAAAGGAAGUUACAUGACGGACAUAAGGAUUGUACGCAGCAGGGUCUAGCAAGCAUAGAAAAACAGGCGGGAAAGAAAAUGGCCACUUUCAGUGAACAGUAGGUUAGUAAUUUAUCAGUCUGGAGGGGUAGGCAGAGCUCCCUCGGUUGUGAAUUUUAAUGGUGUUUUAUGGAUCCUAAUAAAGUCUGUUAUGCUUCUGGCAAAUAUGCAGAGCACAACAUCCCUCGCUUCCAAUUACUGAGAAACUCAAGGAGAGUCUUCAGCCAUUCAUCAUGCUGUACUGUUACCAGAAAUGGAGAAAAUCUUUGUCUUUCUCUCUCUCUCUCUCUCUCAUCUCUUUUUCCGUCUAUGGUCUUUAUGUCCAGAUACCCGAGAGAUGUGACAAGUGAGUCUGUUCUCACAAGAGCAUUUAAAACUGAGCAAAACCACAAGCACUUUUGUGAAGGAGGACAGAAUACUGCAAAGAUAAAAAUGCGAUUUUACAUGUAAAUAUAUUUAAAUCAUAGCCAAA